AUGAUCAACACAUCUUCUGCCAAUAUCAGUUCUUCUGAGCCAGAGAUUACCAAGGCCGACAAGCAGCCAUCUGGCAGGCUUAGUAGUGGUAGCAUUGAACUUGGACGACAGGAGAAAGUCGAUGAUGGCGAAGUUUUUCGGCAGGGUGAUGGCGUUGUCGAUUUCCGGACUGUAGGAUGGAUCCAGGCUUCUGUCAUUUUCCUCAAGGUCAUCUUCGCCACUGGUGUCUUGACGAUCCCUUCAGCCAUGUUCGUCCUCGGUGCACUUCCCGGUGCGAUCAAUGUCCUUGGCUGGCAGGCUCUGAACACGUACUGCGCCAUUAUCCAAGGCAACUUUCGCAAUGCGCAUGCAGGCUGCCAUUCCAUUGCCGACAUGGCCAAUGUUGUCGGCGGUGCAUGGCUCAAGGAGGUGGUCGGAGUUCUUUUCCUCGUCACAUACGCCAUCGUCGGUGCAUCCGGUAUCUUUGGUACAUCUGUGGCUCUCAAUGUGCUGUCGAACCAUGCCAUCUGCACUAAUUGGUUUAUGCUUGUUGCGGCAAUCGCUGUUCUUAUUCUAGCAAGUGUCCGCAAGUUUGAGAACAUUGCUUGGCUCAUAUGGGCGGGCUUUCUGACCGUCUACGUUGCUGUUUUCAUCGUCGUUGUCGGAGUUACUACCCUUGAUCGACCUGCUGCUGCUCCUCAGACCGGAGACUACGACUUUGGUUAUCACGUUAUCGGUAACCCGACUUUUGUCACUGGCAUUACCUCUGUGGCUACCAUCUUCUGCUCUGGUGCUGGCACAUCCGCAUUUCUGCCUGUCAUCUCGGAGAUGCGCAAGCCCCGAGACUACAACAAGGCUGUCUAUCUUUGUAUGGGCAUCGUGACUGCUUCGUACCUGACUUUCUCCCUUGUUGUUUACCGAUACUGUGGACAAUGGGUUGCUUCUCCGUCGUUAGGCAGUGCGGGCGAGAACAUCAAGAAAGUUGCCUACGGCAUUGGCCUCACUGGUCUUUUGGUCAGCGCUUGUCUCUACGUUCACGUUGCCGCCAAGUACAUGUUUGUCCGUCUUCUGCGCCAUUCAGAGCACUUCCAGAAGAACACCGUUACCCACUGGGCAGUCUGGCUUGGCUGCACAUUUACCAUGUCGGCUGUCUCCUUUAUUCUCGCAUCCGGAAUUCCUAUCUUCAACUACCUCCUCGCUCUGGCUGGUAGUCUUACCUUUUCGCCUCUCGCAUUAGGUCUCCCAGGUUACCUUUGGAUCUACGACCACCAGCACUAUCGCCAGGGAAAAUGGUGGCAGAUUGUUGUAUACUAUCUCAACUGGCUUAUGAUUGCCUUGUCUGUCUUCUUAACUAUUGGAGGAACAUAUGGAGUUGUUCAAAACAUUAUUGACGCGUAUGCGAAUGGCCUAAUCGGAGGAGCGUUUUCCUGCGCCAACAACGAUAGGUAA